UAAGCAAAGAUCCAAAGAACUUACAUGUACUGGAUCUCAUAAGCGCCCAUUGAAAAGUAGAGAACUCAAAAGAAUCAAGGUAUUUUCUAAUUGGGAUGAGCAGGUUAGAUGGAACAAGCAUACUUGCAGUUAUGUAUUUGUAGGUCAACGCCUAAUGUUCUAGACCCAUCCAUUGAGAAGGAGUGAAUGGCCCUCAGACUCCAACUAAAAAACCAUGCGGGCUCCAGCUAAAAAACCAUGCAAUACGCUUGAACCAUCCAAGCUCCCAUGGCUAUAGCCUGAAAACAGAAAAUCAGUAACUAGAGACUCACGCGGAAAGUAGUUCUUAGAUGAGGAAGAUGAAAUCGUCAUGGAGAGAGAGAUUUUUCGGGAUUCACGGGGGCAGAGAGGAUGGGGAUUUAGCCGCUGAACCGGAAUGUAAGUAAAUCCGGUUUGUCACGUCAGCUUUCGUGCGGCGUGCGUUUGGAAAACCGGGGUUAGAUAGAUUCUUGUCUGUACGCUCGACCAAAGCAAAUAAGAAUUAAUUAAUCUCUCCCUAGAUUCUCCCUCUCCCGAACGCAUUUCUCCUUUCUUCCUCCGCGGUUCUGUCCGUCACAGCACCACCAGUCCGUCGCAGCACCAUCAGUCCUUCGCUUUCAGGGCUUUCAGCAGCACCACUUGCAGCAGCACCAGUACAUCCUGCGGAUCAAUUAGAGAAAUAGGUUUUGCCUAGGUGGUUGGUUGAAUGGCCUUAUUCUUUUCCAAUUCCAAAUUCUUGACUUUGAUCAAUUUGGAUUAUUUUGAUCAAUUUGUAUUGUCUUGUGUGAAACCAGUGAGUUCGGUUUGAAUCUUUUGCUGAAGCCGUAAAAGAGGGGCUUAAAACUAUUUCUGGAGGAGAAGUCAUUGGUGUGAAUAGGGGGGCAAAAUGUCCAAAUCUUGCAAAGGCCUAGCAAUGGAACUGGUGAAGUGCCUCAGUGAAUCAGAUUGUGUUAAGGUUGAAAAGCGAUCAUAUAGGGAAUGUGCCGGAGAGAAGAGCCCAUCAAUAGCAAGUGAGUGUGUGGGACUUAGGGAAACAUAUUUCAAUUGCAAGAGGGGCCAGGUUGAUAUGAGAGCUAGGAUUCGUGGAAACAAGGGCUACUAAACUAUCGUCACCUUUUCUCGGCAAGGUUAUUGAGUUUCGAAACCUCAAAUUUUGGAGGCCUCCUCCUUCAAAUAUACUGAGAUCAAUCACUUGGUAGUUCAGUUGUGGAGUGUGUACUUCAGGAGGGGGGUGUUUGAAGUUUGUCUGUCCUUGGCUGUAACUUUCAAUUUUGAUCGCCGUUUUCUUUAUUAUUUUUAAAGCUCAUAACUUUUUGCCACAGCUAUGUGGACAUAAUGCACUCAAAAUGGCUUUUCUUGGUCACUUUAUAUGUGUAGUUGGCGAUGUGCCCUUUUAUAUUAAAAGGGACCCGGAUAAUAGUUUUUCUUUUAAAUUUUUUAUUCCCUUGGAUUUUUAUUUUUGAUUUUAAUUUUACGUCGAUGUAAGUUUAAAAUCAUUAUGCAUUCCCAUGAUAGAGACAAGUCAUUUUCUUUUGGUGAUUA